UUGAGACACGGAAAAGGGGAGAAAUCAAGCACUUUAUUUUUUGCUUUUCAGUUUCAUGCCUGCUUUCCCUUAUUACCGUUUCCCUUGUUUGUCCUAGAUCUCUUUAUUCGCAAUCUUAACGUGCGGCCUGUUCAAGCAUGCCCACAAACGGAAUUAACAGGGCCCUGAAGCUGCAGUUUGGCCUCAUCAACUAUGAGAACCGCUACCUGACAGCUGAGGCCUUUGGCUUCAAGGUGAAUGCCUCAGGCACCAGCAUGAAGAAGAAACAGAUCUGGACCUUAGAGCAGGAUGAGCAAGAUGGCCAAGUAGUGUUCCUCCGCAGCCACCUGGGACGCUAUCUGGGCUCUGACAAAGAUGGGAAGGUCAUAUGUGGGGCAGAGAAGCCUGACCCUGACUGCCGGUUCCUUAUUGUGCCACAAUCAGAUGGUCGCUGGGCACUGCAAUCAGAGCCUUACCUGCGUUACUUCGGAGGCUCGGCUGACUACCUGUCCUGCUUUGCCCAAGUCAUUGGGGAACAAGAGCUGUGGGCCGUCCAUCUGGCUUUACACCCACAGGCCAGCCUGCUCAGUGUGGCACGUAAGCGCUAUGCCCAUCUGUCUGCUUCAGAUGGAGAGAUCUCAGUAGACAGCAACAUUCCCUGGGGAGUGGACUCCCUGGUCACCUUGGUAUACCUGGACGGAAAGUACAGCCUGAAGACCUGUGACAGCCGUUUCCUCAGCAAUGAUGGCAAACUGGUGAAGGAGAACACCAAUACAACUAGCUUCACACUGGAGCUGAAAUCUGGCAAGCUGGCCUUCAAGGACUGUGAUGGGAAAUAUCUGACCCCGGUGGGUCCCACAGGAACACUGCGUUCUGGCCGAUGCUCCAAGCCUGGAAAAGAUGAGCUGUUUGAUCUUGAGGAGAGCCAUCCACAAGUAGUUUUUCAAGCCGCCAAUAAAAGAUUUGUCUCGGUCAAGCAAGGAGUGAGUAUUUCAGCCAAUCAGGAUGUGGAGACAGACAUGGAGACCUUCCAGAUGGAGAUUGAUAAGGAGAGCAAAAAGUCUAUGUUCAGGACCAAUGGCGGAUCCUACUGGACUCUGGUGACUCAUGGAGAGAUCCAGUCCACUGCCACAGAAGUAGAGGUCAACACAAUGUUUGACAUUGAGUGGCAAGGACAGAGGGUGGCACUCAAGGCAAGCAAUGGAAAGUAUGUGUGUACAAAGAAGAAUGGACAGCUCUCAGCAGUCAGCGAUGCCGUGGGUAAGAGCUUUCAAGCAAAUGAACAGUGUUUGUCCUUCACUGCAGGUGAUGAUGAAUUAUUCCUGAUGAAACUCAUCAAUCGCCCUAUGCUGAUCCUCCGUGGAGAGAAUGGCUUUGUGUGUCACCACAAGAACUCCAACACUCUGGAUGCAAAUCGAUCUGUCUAUGACAUUUUCUCAUUGAUCUUCAACGACGGCGCCUACAAUGUAAAAAGUGUGAAUGGAAAGUUCUGGUAUGUCUCUAGCAGUGGCCUAGUGUGCUCGGAUGGAGAGAAGUCAGAGGACUUUUUCCUUGAGUUCCUGGAACAUGGACGCAUCGCCAUCAAGGGCACCAAUGGCAAGUACCUUCGUGGGGACCAGGGUGGCACACUUAUGGGUGAUGGUACAUCCGUUGAUGCAUCUUCUCUCUGGGAAUACUGAUCCUCUCAAUAAGAGUCAUCGAAGAAGGCCCAAGAUGCGGGUGCAGGACCCGCUUGUAUCAGCUCAUAUGAAGCAGACUGACCGGUAACAUUUUCCUGCCUGUUUUUAUACUAGCUGCCAGGUGCACAAUCCCAUGGUUUGUUUUUGUUUUUUUAAUUGGGAAGAAAAGAACACUAUAGGAAAAUAUGUGUGGUUUUUCUUGUGAAUGUUAAAUGUUUUGUCUUUCAAAUGACAAUGCCAACACCAAGCAACACAAACUAUGUGAAAAUGUGUAAUUUCACAAAUAUGGUAUAAGAAAGUGACUGUCCCAAUUGUUUCAUACAUAUUUUGUUAAACAUAAUAUCUUUCCAGGCAGCCACACUGGUCACUCACUAAACAGAAAGAAAUUUAACAAAGUGUGUUGCUCCAUAACUCGGUUUGUUGCUCGCACUGACACGUUUAGCCCAUUCAGAAUGCAUGUCCAUGAAUGGCAAAAAAGGAAUCUUUAAUCCAUCUGUUUCUGAAAAAUUCCACUGUCUAAAUACACAAAGUGUCUCAAAAAGUUAGAACACCUUUGCAGGUUUUCUGUCUAUAAAAAAACAGAUAUGCCUCUUAUGACACAACAGUCCUCAACAACAGUCACACACACUAAUUGAAAAUCAGUCACAGAGAAUGACAGAUCAGUGUGGCUGCAUCCUCAGAUUUAGUUCAGGAAAAACAGGGAUAUCCAUUUAUGGACACAAAAAUAACCUCAUUUGGUUUAGGUGGACAUUAUUUGACGAUGAUUAUCUGGAUCGUACAUCUAUAACCUCUUUCAACAACCCCAUUAUGUUUACAGCUUUAAAAUGAUUUCAAUACUUUGACAUGUUCUAUAACAACAUGAUCAAUGAUGUAAUUGUGUGUGGUCAUUGUUGCCACUCUAAGCAAAGGUAAUGCAUCAUUGUCUUCAAAAACAGCAAAUGGCUGAUGCCAGUGGCGUUUUCAUUUAUCUUAAUGGACCAUUUACAGCUUCUUUAAAAGCACAAUAUAGAGCAAAUGAAGUGGACAGGAGCAAAUAGACUACUGUAUCAGGCACCUUUGCAAUGCUGAGCAAUGCAUAUCCAAAGAGGACUUAAGUCAGCGUCACUGCAAACACAGAAAUACAAUAAAGAUACAUAAUACAUAAAGAAAUACAGAGAUCAGACAUGUUCAGGGAGAAAUGUCAGUAGUAAUGUCAUAUAUCCAUGUCAGGGGCAAGCAAGAAAUCAAAGGGGGAGCACAUAUAAUCAUCUGAUGGACUAUUUAUCAUUUUUAAUGUACCAGGGGUGAACUCAAAAAGUGCUUCGCUGGUGUUCUGCCUAGGGGCCUUAAACCAUACUGCACUCUAUAUCCCAUUAUACCCUGUUCUCAUGUUCAGAGUUGGGUGGUAAGAUUAGAAAAUAUAAUGGAUUUUGAUAACAGAUAUUUUUGAUCAAGUAAGAUUACUUACUGGAAUACUUAUGAGUGGAAUGAGACAACUCAUUAUACAAUUAAAACUGAAAUCCUAUAAAACAUUAUGCUAAAGCAAAUGUGUUUGAAUACAAGUAAUGCUUUUUCUCUGUUUACUUGCACCCAAGAUGAGAAGAUGCAAUGAAUUUUUAUUUGUGAAAUGAGUGCUUUGUACACUCACUUUGCCCAGCUCCAAUGUGUCCGCACUCUGCUCCCUCAGACAGCUUUGGAGUUGUUGGAAACCAAGUUUCACUUCACAAAGCUGGGCUAUCUGCUUAUACUCUGCUUCCAGUCUUUGUGCACAGUUAGGCCAAUAACUUCCCACUGAAAUCAAUAUGAAUCUUCUCAUCUAACUCUGGAUAAGACAGCAAAAGACUGUAUUUCACAAAAUGAUGGAGUGUUCCUCUAAGUAACCUACCUAGCACUACUUUUGUAAAAUGUGAUCAGUAGCCUGUAGUUGAUCCCUAUCCAGUGCUGCCCCUUUAAAGAGGGAAGUUUUAUAUUGUGACUGUCACAUUACUCACUGAACUGAUUAUAUACACCAGACUAGGGGUGGGCGACCUGAGAAAAAGAUCAUAUGACAAUGUUUUUGGGUAGGAUUGCAACCCACAAUCUGAAUCGCAUAGAUUUAGUUGAACUCCUGCUCAACUCUUCAAGGACUGCCAUCGCCAGCUACAGUUGCUGGUUAACAGCGAUUGAACUUUCAAAAAUUAAAUAGCUAAAUACAGCAGCUUUUAAUGACACAACCUAUGUGAUUCAUCUGAAAAGUAGAUCAUAUGCCAAAGUAUGGUAGUCCACGAAAUAAGAUCAUCAGGUCACCCACCCCUACAACUGAUACCCAUCAAAUUUCUACAGGCACAAGCUGCCCACACUUUUUAGAGACAGAUGUUGGUGUGCAGUACAGAGCACAACCUGAACCUGUAUGCAAUUUAUCCUGUAGAUCUUUGUCAUUACUUCCCAGGAAGAAAUAAAAUCUGCAGUAGUGCAAGAAUAAUAUCUUAACCAAUGAUUGUGUGAUGUAUGCAAUUUGCAAUAAUAGAGAAACUUUUUAGAAAGCAAUGUCUAAAAGGCUUGGUCACCUAUGCAUUCUGUAUCAGCUCUAUAUAGAGCCUCUGGCCAUAUUUUAGAAUGUAUUUAAAACAUACAUAGAUAUUUGUUGUUUUACUAACUUUGUUUGCUGAUAUGAUUUUUGAAAAUGAUAACAAUAAA